AUGGAACAAGAUGAACCUAUUGAUACAUUGAAGAAGAAGAAACAUGAAGUUUGGACUAAUUUUUUGAAAUGGUUUUUUGAUAAAAAAAAGUCUUACUAUCCAUAUUUAAAUAAAUUUGAUACAGAAACAUUUAGUGAGUCUGCUAAAAAAUUAAUUUACCACAGUUCUAUGAAUAAUCAUAAUAUAGGUUAUUUUUUGCGUGAUAAUGAGAUAUUAGAAAAAUUAUUGAAAUUAUAUUAUUUCGGACAAAAUGUUGGAGAAAUUAAAACCAUACUACAAAAUUCACACAAUUCUAAUUAUAAAGAUACUUGUAAAUAUGUCAAUGAAUGUCUUCAUAUAUUUAGAGAACUUAAAAGAAGCUAUUGUCCAAAGGGAAUUCCCAGUGAUUAUAGCAGUAAUACUGUGUGUAACCAAUUAGGAGAGUUUGCAAAUAGAUAUGAAUAUACCCUUUAUGAACCUUUAAAAAGACAUAAUAAAAUGUCAUCCAUAGAUAAGCAUCCAGAUGCAGCACAAGUAAGAUGUGAAUUGACCGAUUCAUUGUUUUAUACCCCAUUUUGGAGUUUGUAUAAAACCAAUUCAGAUGAGUUCACAGUAUUCGGAAAUUUUGUUGUUUCUGGUUUUGUCAUGUUUGCCGUAUACUUAAUUCUGCUAAUUUUGUACAAGUUUACACCCAUCGGAAUGAGAUUCAGACCUGGAGGACGUAGACAGGCAAGACGAAUAUGGAGAAAAAUCGAAAUGGAACAAUUCAGAGAUUCCGGAAGUAGCUUAUAUAGUGAUGAUGAGCAAUCUGUGUACUCAGACAAUUACGAGUCAUCCAGCACGUUCGUGUAUGGAAAUAAUAGAUACGAUUAUUUUGGUUAUUUGUAA